CAGUGGGAUGUACAGUAGUGCGGCUCUACCUGCGAUACACACCUGAUGUUUAUUUCUGUUUUGACGCUGCUCAUUUGUGCUUUUCUGAGCGUUCGUGACUUGACUAAAGCGUCGGACAUAAGCAGGACAUCGACAGGCUUCUUGACUUGAUGCUCACCAAUUAGUGAAAACGAUCGUAUUUCUUACUUUUUUUUUUUUGCGCGUGGUUCUUGCGGGCACAUGUUUAUGACAGCUUACAACUGAGCGUCUUGUUGCCUUGUCAUGAAGGCAGCACAUCUCCAGUCUAGGAGGACCUGACAGAUUAUCUUGUUUAGAAAGGUACUACUAAAUAAAUUACAGCUCUCUCUGACGAGGCCAUGAGCGCCACCGACCGACCCAACUUUCUCUCACAGCCAGUUGUGAAGAGCGUUCAUCUCUAUCGAAACGGGGACCCCUACUUUCAGGGACGGAAAAUUGUGGUCAACGAAAAGAGGGUGUGCAAUUUCGAGAGUUUCCUGAAAGAGGCAACCUCCGGUGUACAGGCACCUUUCGGAGCUGUGAGGAACAUCUACACACCUAGCGAGGGACACCGAGUGGACGCGCUAGAGGAACUGGAGAGCGGCCAGCAUUACGUGGCUGCCGGCCGGGAAAAGUUUAAAAAGCUCGAUUAUCUGCAAAUUGGAUCAAAGAAGAAAAAUUCAAUUCAGAACAGUAAUACACAGACAAACCUCAUGGAUGAUUCCCAAAGAAGUAAAGACGUAAAACCAGUGGCCCACAGCAGAAUUAUCGUUUCGGCGAGAUUCUUGAGGCCUAUUCAGGAGCCAUGUGCUAUUUUCCUGGUUGCAAAUGGAGAUGUCCUAAACAUGCCGGUCCGACUCUUAAUCCCAAGGAAGAUUCUCGCUCAGUGGGAACACAUUCUCGAGAUGGUCACAGAGAAGAUGAGAGUUAGGAUUCUUGGAGCUGUGCACAGCCUGUUCACUUUUGAUGGAAAACACAUCAAGGAAGCCAAAGACCUGGAAAAUGGACAGUUUUAUGUAGCUGUCGGCCGAGAGAGGUUUAAAAAACUUGCAUAUAGUGACCUUCUUUUUACAAAGCCAGCUCCAAUAAGAAGAUAUAAUGGGUCUAAAGCAGCAUCACUACCACCUUUAUACAGAUAUGAAAAUCACAAAGAAGGACUGGCUGGCCGACAAAGCAAGUCUACAGCUGGAUCAAGUGAUGCAUCACCUCAGCCCCCAAAAAGAAAAGGCAAGAAGGAGCAGUUGUCCCCAGCAGAAGAAGUGGGUUUGCAUGGAAAGCCUGUCAGGGUCAAAUGGAAGCGGAAUGGGAUUACUGCACCCAUUUACCAUCGUAACAGUGACAAACCUUCCAAAGCUUACGAAGAAAGGCCUGAAUCGAGAGACGCCGGAGAGGUAGAAGAAGCAGAAUUCUUGCAAGUGGAUAUUCCUGUUGACCAGAGAGCUGCCGAGAUCGUGAAUGAUGAAGAGUAUGAAGAAUCCCACGAUCAAGAAUAUGAAGAAAACUGUAUUGAUAAUGGAGGGGAUCCCGAAGGAAACACUUUGGAUGAUGUUUGUAAUGAGGAUAACCAAACAUCUGAGGAACCCCUUCAGGAAGAUAAUGGAGUAGAAGAAGAAGAAGAAGAAGAAGAAGAAAUUGAGGAAGUAGAGGGAAAAAAUGAGGUAGAAGAAGAUCAACAUGAAGAAGAGGAAGAAGAGGAAAGAGAAGAGGUACAGGAAUCUCAUCAAAUUGAUGCUGAUAAUGUGAGCCCAGGACCAGAAGAUGUAAACCCAGAAGAGGAGGCAGAUGAAGACGACGAAGCCCAAAUGGAUCAACCAGAAAAUGUGGAGGAGGAGGAGGAGGGGGAAGAGGAGGAGACCAGUGUUCUUGGAGAGGUUAACAGUCCGUCAGGAGUAAGUGAAGCUCCUGACAGUGAAAGAAACGAAAGUAGAGAGCGAAAAGAAGGAGAAGAAGAAGAGUAAAGAGAAAUCCAGACAAUGACCAUCCAGCAUGUCACGAUACUCUAAAAAAUACAAGAUGGUGGGAGGUGGACACCCAUCAUGGGCACAAUGAUUGUAAGGUAUCCAGAUGCACAAGUUAUGAAUAUUAGAGCACAGAGAGACAUUAAGGCAAAGUAGUAAAGCUUCUUGUUUGGAGUGCGUCACAACACACAUCGAUAAUUGUCUACGCUAGUAGUGGUUUUCAAACUCGGUUGUGGUGAACUCGUGUGACUGCUGCUUUUUAAUUAAAACACAUUUCUAAAUUAGAAGCCAAUCCCUUGCACACGCUGACACAGUUCCCUGUUGAUUGUCUUAAUAGUUUAGGUGUUUAAUUUUCAGAAAGUGUUAGGAGUUAUAAUAUUAUUUUAAUUACUGUACUUAGGAACAUGUUUAAUAAUGUUGUAUUUUUUACAUUUUUAAUUUCAUUUACUUGAACCGUUCGGUGUUUAAAUUGCUGAAAAUUAACUACCACUUAUAAGCGAGUAGCAGCUCAUGCAAAGAAGAUAUCUGGCAGACCCAGGAGACCCAGGGCCGUCUUCACAGCAUCAUAAGCCCCCCGACAAAGUAGUGCGAUGGGCCCCUGUUUUGAUAGCAAAACAGAAACAUACAUAGGCAUCAGAAACAUCGUGGGCCCCUAUGCUUCUGGGACCCCCAGCCAGUGCCCAUAUGUUAAGAUGGCCCUGUGGAGACCCUCAUUUGGUAGCAACUGGGCCUAUGUAUUUUCAUCUUAGUAGAUCAAUUGCAACGGACCUCUCAAGUUAGUCUAAGCUGGGUCUGAAGAUAUGGAUUAAUGCAAUGAAAGAAAAUAUGCAGAACAAAGCCGGAGUUCAUCUGAACUUGUACUUAGCUCCAGGAGCAAUUUUUCAGGAAUGAGUCCAGUUGCAGACCUCAUCAGCUCUUCUAUACAGUAGCGCCACUGGACACCCAAUUGGAUUGCAGGUUUUUGUUACCUGGUUUACUCAACUUGAGUCAGAUGACUCCUCCUCCAACCCUAAUCUUAACCAUAGUGCAACCAGGGGUUAUCACUAACAUAUAAUACAGGGAGAUUGUAAUGGCCGAGGCCUCGUGUUAUGAUGUGUUACUCUCAUAAUAAUGAAGCGAUAGAAGCAAAAUAGAUGCAGUGCAUACCUUGAUUCACAUUUGGUGUUGGAAAUGGUCGCCUUCUUCUUGCAAACAAGGAUCGACAUGGCGCUCCAUAUUGGCAAAGAUAGCCGCAAGCAUUGUAGGCAUGAUGACAGUGAUUUCCUGUUCAGUAUUUUUCUAUAAUUGCUCCAGAGUAUGAAACUUGCUCUUGUACACUUUUUCUUUCAGCACUCCCCAAAGGAAGAAAUCUGGAGGUGACAUGUCUAGGGAAUGAGGUGUCCAUAGUCCCUUUGAAAUGACCCGACUGCCAAAAAACGAUUCAACUUGUACCAUGCCAUGAGCUGACGUAUGGCAGGUUGCCCCAUCUUGCUGGAAAUAACCUUCACUGACCUCAUGGUCAUCCAGCCCCUUCAUAAAUAAGUCAAAAAGAGAGCCAUGCCUCACUCAUUCAUACAUUUAUCUAAGAAUACUUUAUUUGCAUUGUUUCUUUUAUGAAGACAGUAAUACAUCAUAACUCGGGGCCCUGCCCAUUAGAAUCACCCUGUAAUACGUGGCAACCUCCCUAGUGGAGUGGAGGUCCACAUCUAGAGUCUAUUGAUUUUUCAGGUUAAGUGCCCUGCUCAAGAGUCGAAUAAAGUAGGAUCCCUUCUGGAGGUAACAGGAUUUGGUAACAGGACCAUCCCGAUACCAGCGCAGAUCCUUAGCCACAGAGCUUCCAUUCUGUCCUGUUUAAUGCUACCAUUUAUUUGGGUUGUUUUUGCUGCCAUCUUGAAUUUUAACAACCAGCAGCACGUUUGGAGACCAUCGCUAAGACAGCCUUUUGCGUUACUAGUGGCACAUCCUCUGAAGUCGUGACUCACGGGUGAUCAACACUACGGGUUCAAAGUUCCUUGAAAAGAGCACUUCCUUAUCUGACCUGUGGGCUCUUAAAACCUUGUGUUAACUUCUUUGCUACAAAAUUUAUUUUGUGAUAUUUCCAGUUCUGAACAUUUUGCAAACAUACUUCUGCUUUUGAUUUUUGUCUCACGUCUUGACAAUAUUGCUCGUGUUUUUGAAGUCAUGGUUUUAACCCUUUAUUGCUGUUUUACAUCCGUCUCCUGGUGCUCCUAAAAAACGUCUCGUCAGCCUCGCUGGCAGAUCAUUGAUCUUGACAUGGAGCGCAUCAGUUAACCCCGUAGCUACGGGUCAGACCACUUUCAAUGUGUUCCAGUUAACCUAAUCAAGACAGUAAAGACUCCAUUAUGGUCUCCAACGCAUAUUAAGUACAUUUCUACGGAAAAAUUAUACAGUGUUGAAAACUCAUUCAAAGAGACAUUUGUUUUCAUGGCUUCCAAAUGAAAGAAUGGUUUGGACUGUAAAUCAGCCGCUACCUAGGGGUCCCCAGGCCUGAGUUUGAAAACCACAGAAGCAGAAGCUUAUCAGUCAACCUCCUCUAGUGCUGUAGUUGUAUUUAAAGAGAAAGGAAAAUGAAGAUGUACUGUAGUCUACCUGUAAAAGCAAAAAAUGAAAAACUAGCUUGUAUAGAAAGGAAAAUAUGCAAUGAAAAAUAUAAUAAAGUAUAUAUAUAUAUCUAUUUAUUUACAUAAAUGUGUGUAUAUUGUUAUGAAGAGGUCCGUAGAGGCAGCCAUUUGUCAGCCUACCAUCUGUGUAGCAGGGGCAUAUUCUUUUAACUGUCUGGUUUAACUGAGGGACACACACAUGAGCUCGGACGGACGUCAUCUCAGCCCUUCUGGUGUAUUCCAGUUGAAGAGUCUCAGGCCCACACGUGAUGACCGAGUGACUUUAACCCCUGCAUCUGUCAGGCAACCAGGACAAUUCGAGGAAUCCACCCCAUGGUAUUGAGGGAACGGUUACCACACGACAGCUUCGCAAACACAUGGGACUGAUCUUUAUGCCAGGUGUUUUUGAUUGUUAUAUGUAACAUGAGUAGCACACUGCCAUUUCAACACAGAUUGAACAUGCAGUUCUUUAAAUCAACUAUAUUAUUAUUAUUAUUAUUAUUCAUAAUGUUGUUUUUGUUGUUGUUCUUGUAUAGUAAGCAUAUUGGAUACAAGAUGAACUGUUCAUUAUCUGGUUGUAUUAUUUUACCAACACUCACGUUUGUACUCUGCUUAUAUUUUGGACAAAUUAUCUAUAAUACAUGAUGAAUAAAUUUGU